CAGAUCAGUCCAUCCGCCACGAGAUCAUCCUCGAGGACGGGGUUGUACCUCCGCGUGGUUGCAUCUACCGAAUGAGCGAGGAAAAGUUAAGUGUGUUGCGGGCACAACUCGACGACCUUCUGGAGAAAGGCUGGAUUCGGCCUACCUCAUCGCCAUACGGUGCUCCUGUUCUCUUUAUCCGAAAGAAGAACAGGGACUUGAGGUUGUGCAUCGAUUAUCGCAAGCUCAACGCGCAAACGAUCAGAAACGCCGGCCCUCUUCCACGCAUCGACGACCUUCUCGAGCGGCUGGGCGGCGCCAAGUUCUUCUCCAAGCUCGACCUCAAGUCGGGAUAUCACCAACUCGAGAUUCGGCAGGAGGACCGCUACAAGACCGCGUUUAAGAUGCGAUAUGGGCAUUUCGAAUGGCUGGUUAUGCCAUUUGGCCUAACAAAUGCCCCAGCCACUUUCCAAGCGGCUAUGACAACGGAGUUCCGACACAUGCUGGAUCGAUUCAUACUUAUCUACCUCGACGACAUCCUGGUGUACAGCCGGAGUUUGGACGAGCAUGUGGAACACCUACGCACAGUUUUGGAGCGGCUACGACAAGCCAAGUACAAAGCCAACCGUGACAAAUGCGAAUUCGCACUGCAGGAGCUGGAGUACUUGGGACAUUAUGUGAUGCCACAAGGCAUCCGUCCGCUUGCGGACGAGAGUGAGGCAGCCCAGGCCAGCAUUCUGGCCUGCGCAGGCAAUGCGGUCACGCUGCUGCGCUGCUGCAUUGGAUGCUGCGCUAAUGGUCAGGGCGCUAGCAGGGUGCGUAGAGGUGAAAUGGGGCGCUGCAGGGCAGAUGUUGCAUACUGUAAAGGUGCAGACCAGAACAAGAACCGACCUCUCUAACAAAGUACAACAUAGUGCAGCGGAAAACUUAUACCAAUGAUCCGAACAAUCAAUAUUGCAAUGCAGC